AUCAAGGGUUUAGAGCUCUUAAACUUAUCAAAUAUGGAUCUGAUGGUUGGUGCAGAUGAGAUAGAAUCAUUAAGAGUUGAGUUAUCAGAGAUUGGAAGAAGCCUAAGAUCAUCAUUCCGGCAACAUACUUCCAGUUUCCGAAGCAGUUCGGCACUGAGUUCUGUGAAGGAUGAUGCUGAUGUUGACUACGCUCAGCAGUGGGCUGCAAUUGAGAGAUUGCCUACAUUUGAACGGCUAAGAUCAUCUUUGUUUGACCAAAAUAAGGGAAAACAAGUGGUUGAUGUUACAAAGCUUGGAGAUCUAGAGCGGCGUUUAUUUGUAGAGAAGCUCAUCAAGCACAUUGAACUUGACAAUCUUAAGUUGUUAUGGAAAAUAAGAAAAAGAAUAGACAAAGCUGAUGUAAAGCUGCCCACUAUAGAGGUAAGAUAUAAGAAUUUGCGUGUGGAAGCUGAGUGUAGAGUUGUUAAGGGAAAGCCCCUCCCAACUCUGUGGACAUCUCUUAGUCGCACCAUUUCAGGUGUUGCAAAGCUUUCAGGGUUUAAGCCCCAUGAGGCCAGGCUAGGAAUCAUUAAUGAUGUCAAUGGCAUCGUAAAGCCUGGAAGAAUUCAUGAGGUCCCUUGUCCUGUGUCAAUUCUUUCUAUUUGCUUUUGCAAUUUGCAUAUACCUUUUCUUUUGAUGACUCUACUACUAGGUCCUCCUGGAUGUGGAAAAACGUCUCUGUUAAAGGCUCUCUCUGGAAAUCUGGACCCAUCUCUCAAGGUCAGCGGGGAAGUCUCUUAUAAUGGCUACAAACUAGGAGAGUUUGUCCCCCAUAAAACUUCAGCUUAUAUAAGCCAAUAUGAUCUUCACAUUGCUGAGAUGACAGUGAGGGAAACCCUUAAUUUUUCAGCUCGUUGUCAGGGUGUUGGAAGCCGAGCUGAGAUAAUGAUGGAGGUCAACAGGAGGGAGAAGGAAGCACGAAUUUUGCCAGAUCCAGACAUUGAUACAUAUAUGAAGGCAAUAGCUGUGAAAGGACUGAAAACAACCCUUCAGACAGACUACAUUUUAAAAAUUCUUGGUCUUGAUAUCUGUGCUGACACAUUAGUUGGAAAUUCCAUGAGAAGAGGUAUCUCUGGUGGCCAAAAAAAGCGUUUGACUACAGGUAGUUCCACUGCGUUUCAGAUUGUGACUUGUCUUCAGCAGCUAGCUCAUAUAACUGAUGCUACUGCACUGGUUUCACUUCUUCAGCCAGCACCAGAAACCUUCAAUCUUUUUGAUGACAUUAUUUUGAUGGCAGAGGGAAGAAUUGUGUACCAUGGUCCUCGUGAUAAUAUUCUACAAUUUUUUGAAAAUUGUGGGUUUAGAUGCCCUGUAAGGAAAGGGGUAGCUGAUUUUAUCCAAGAGGUUAUAUCUAAAAAGGAUCAGGCACAGUACUGGCACCAUACUGAACAGCCCUAUGGCUAUGUUUCAGUGGUAAUCACAAUGACUUUAUUUUUGCGCACUCGGAUGGCUAUUGACGUUAGUCAUGGAAUGUACUAUAUGGGUGCCCUUUUCUAUUCUCUUGUCAUAUUUCUUGUGGAGGGGGUUCCAGAGUUGUCUAUGACUGUUUCCAGACUUGAAGUUUUCUAUAAGCAGAAAGAGUUGCGUUUUUACCCUGCAUGGGCCUAUACCAUUCCAACUGCCAUCGUAAGGAUUCCUCUCUGUUUUGUAGAAGUUCUUGUUUGGACAUCUCUUACUUAUUACGUCAUCGGUUAUAGCCCUGAGGCUUCAAGGUUCUUCUGCCAGGUUAUUCUACUCCUUGCCUUGCACUUUGCUUUGAUAUCCAUGUUCCGUUUCCUGGCUUCAAUCUUCCAGACUGCAGAUAUUUCUUUGACAGCUGGUAGUUUUGCCAUGUUACUUUCCUUUCUUUUUGGUGGCUUUGUUAUUGCAAAACCCUCCAUGCCAGUCUGGUUGAAAUGGGGCUUUUGGGUUUCCCCUUUGUCCUAUGCGGAGAUAGGCCUUUCAGUUAAUGAGUUUCUUGCUCCACGGCGGCAAAGAGACCUCUCAACAAACACUACAAUAGGGAGAGCGAUGUUGGAAAGCCGUGGUCUAAAUUUUGAUGGAUAUUUUUUCUGGAUAUCACUUGGUGCCUUGGCUGGAUUUGCAUUAAUUUUCAAUAUUGGCUUUACCUUGGCCUUGAGUAUUUUGAAGUCUCCAGGAUCUUCUCGUGCCAUUAUUUCACAAGAAGAGCUUUCCCGUGUACAAGGAAGAGAAGAUUCCUCCAAUGAUGCUGUUGAAGUUAGCAAAUAUCAAUUUGCCCUCCCUCCCUGCUACUUCUAUCAAAAAGAAACCCACAACUCAAUGUCUCUUCAAAAUUUCGUCAAAUUUCUCAAGGAAACAUCAGUUGAAGAAAGGGGAAGAAAAAGUUCAGCACUUUCAGAGGGACUAUGUCGUCAAUUUUCACUAGCUGAGCUCCAAGCUGCCACCAACAACUUUGAUGGUGAUUUGAAAAUCGGUAAAGGUGGUUCUGGCUCAGUGUACAAAGGCCUUAUUGAUGGCGGCUCCUUGGUUGUUGCUGUCAGACGCUUGAGUGGCCCAUCGUCAGGGCCAGCAGUUAAAGCGUUCCGAAAUGAGGUACAGUUACUCUGCCAGCUGCGCCACCAGAAUCUUGUCUGUCUCCUCGGGUUUUGUCACGAGAAAGAUGAGAGGAUCAUUGUGUAUGAACAUAUGACCCAUGGGGGAUUGGAUGGUCUUCUUCUUGGGAAUGUUGAUCCACUCCCAUGGAAGCGGAGACUAGAGAUAUGUAUUGGGGCAGCUCGUGGAUUACACUACCUUCAUACAGGUGCAAAGUAUGCAAUAAUUCACCGCGAUAUCAAGUCUCACAGUAUUCUUCUGAACGAAAAUUGGGAUGCUAAGUUUUCAUAUUUUGGGUUAUCCAACAUUGGUCCCUCUAGCAUCUCAAAGCCUAAGCCCAACGCUUUCGCAGAAAUGAUGACAUCAACAAGAGGUACCUUGGGCUAUAUGGCUCCAGAGAAUUUCAUGAGAGGUCAUGAAUUAAGUGAAAAAGUUGAUGUGUUCUCACUGGGUGUUGUUCUGUUGGAAGUAUUGUGUGGUGGUACUGGUAGGAUAAUUGACUUUGAGGGAGAGCCAGUGGGUUUGAUUUCAGGGAUCACUGAAUGCAUAAAAAAUGGCUGUGUUCAUAAUAUGAUCGAUCCAUUUCUGAAAGGGAAGAUAGCACCGGUCUGUUUGAUAGAAUACGUGCAGAUCGCUCUCAAUUGUGUUCAUCUAAAUCCAAAUGAACGGCCUUCAAUGGGAGAAGUUGAGGUAACCUUAGAACUUGCAUUGAAACUGCAGGAGAAAGCCGACUUGGUUAUCAAGGCUGUCAAUCCUCAUGCUGGCUAUUCCUACGAAGAUGUGUCAUUUCGUGUUUCUGAUGAAGAAAUCCAGAAUUGGCAAUCCUACAGUUACUGUUUUGGUGGUGAUUGGGAUGCAGGAUCGGUCUCGGAUGUAGAAAUGGUCUCCGAAGGAGGAGCGGUCUCAGUUACCGAAUCAUAAAAUUAUAGAGAUGAGUUUGGGAAGUGGAGUUCCUCUGUAAAAUCAAUAUUAAUUUUAAUUGAUGAAGAGAUUGAUGCAAUUAAAUCAAAGCAAAGGAGAAUCAACAUUCUAUUCCAAAAUUAAAUGGCGUCAUCAAAUCCUCAAUUACUUUGCCUUGCUGUUAAUUUACUCAUUUCGUAUGUACCAUUAUAAACCCACUCAAAAGUC